ACUGCACCUUUAAAUACCCAAUAGUGCACACUAACACUCAGCACUGCCAGGCAAAUUCAAAAAAGCAAGAACACGAGCGAGUCGUUAGAGAAAAAAAUGUACGCGCAUUUGAAAGCGGGGCCUGGUGCUUUUCAGCAUUACGUCUCCAUGCCUUACGACUACGUGGGUUAUUGGCAGCCAGAUCAGACAGCGGUGUGGACAAAGGAGCUGACCAUGCCUGAGAAAAGGUUUAUUAUGCAGAAUAAUCCAGCGGAUGUCAUGCUAAAACAGAAAGACCAGAAGGAUGCAGAACUGGACAAGAAGAUUGUGGCAUUAAGGAAAAAGAACGAGGCCUUGAUGAAGAGAUAUCAAGAAGUAGAAGAGGACAAGAAGAGGGCAGAACAGGAGGGAAUGUCUUACACCCCUCGAAAAAAUAAAGCAGAGGACCUGACAAUAACUAUUAAAAAGUCUCCCCAUGAGACCCGAGUUGUGAAGAAGAAGCAGGGGACAGGGUGUCCUCCCAGUCCGAGAGGUGUGAAUGAGCUUGAGGAUGCUGAUGUUAGAGACCUUUUGACUCUGGGCAGAGGGAAGAGGAUGCAGCUGCUGGUGACGAUGGCGAACAAGACAAAGGGUAAAAGAAUCGUAAGUGAGAAACAAGGCCUAAACUGUCCUCCCAGCCCAGGGGGUCUAAAAGACUUCAGUGACGAAGAGGAACACAGACUGUCUAUCGGUAGAGGAAAACAAAUCCAGCUCACAAAGACACCGAACCACAGAGCAAAGGACCUGAAUGAUGAAUCUGAAUGGUUUGCACAGUGUCACCCUUAUUAUAAGCAUGGCAGAGCUGAGAAGGGUCCAGGAUGUGGAUUCUCAGACGACCUACAGCAACCUGAAGUGGAAAGCGAUAAGAAAAAACGCGGGAGAGGGAAUGCGCGAAAUAGGGGAGGUUCCAACAUUGACAAUAUUGCACAGGAAUUCCAGAAACUGAACCUGGACAGGGAGCAACAGGAUGCAAGGUGGCAUGAACCUAAGAGCCCUGCAGACCUGUCUGUACCCACGUCCAGGCAGGAACAAGAGGAGUACAGUCGCUGGAAAAAAGAGCGAGAACAGAUCGAUAGAGAACGCGUGGCACGCCACAAGAAUACCAAGGGUGAAUGGAAACGUGCCUGGGAUGUAGAUAAAGCAGAAAACAUGUAUGGAGAACAAUUUCUUGAGGAGGUUGACCCUAGAGUGGGAAGAAAUGCAAGCAAAUUUAGAACAAGAUUUCCCAACUGUGAAGCAAGGUGUGGCAUGCAGCGCAGUGGAGGGAAGGGUUGGAGAGGUGUGCCGACAGUAAGCAGCAAAGCCAAGGGAAAGGACCGGCUGACAGGCAGGGCAAAGAGGUGGGAUUCGAAAGAGGAAGAGGAACAUUUGCAGUCUAUUGAAAAGUUUUCUAAAGACUUCAAGGGAGAGGAAGACCCGGAGGCUUGGGGAGAUCCAGAAGUAGAUGACAUUCUGCAAGGGUGGCAGCUGAAUACAGACUGUAAGGACUGGGAAACAUCUGAGAAUGAAUUGUUCCAUGAGAAAACUACAGGCCUUUCCAAUGGUAAAACUCAUAAAGAACAAUUGGUACAAGGAAUACCAAAACCUAAAAAUGGUUUUAGUGAAAACCUAACAGAGUUGGCUUUUGAUAUAGAGGACUCGGCUUCAAGCAACACUGUCCUCAAAGAGGAGGCCAAGGCAAAUGGAUGUGUGAUGGAUGGUGAAGCUUUACUGCAAACAAGAGGGGGAAAUGUUGGCAGUUCACCUUCUGAAACUUAUAUGGUGGAUGGUGGCUCAGCCCAGAAGACACAUGGCAAUGCUUCUGUAGACACUGGGAUUGUGAAGAUAUUGGAGAACGAUUUAAAUACUAGAUGUGAAUCCUUAAUGGAAGCUCAAGAACCUCCAAACCCACAAAGCUUGCAUGACUGUAAGAUCCAGGAGAAUGCUACCUCGGGUGCUGUGCAAGACGAUGACUUGACAAGCAGCCGAAAGUUGAAUGAGGAGACAGGGGAAGCUCCCGUGUUCACCGGAACUGCAGAAACUGAAAAAGCAAUGCAGAGUUGUGAAUUUCAAAUAGAAGUUCCAGAAGAACCAGGAAGGGAUUGUACUAGUGACGAUUCACACUUUCACUUGCUCAAGGAUGAGAAACCAGACGCUAAUAAAAAGAAUAAUACAAGAAGUCCGGAAGGCAGUAUUGAUUCCAGUGUUUCCAUGAUGGGUUCUGACUCUGGAGCUCCACUUAUAGCCCCUGAGACUAGCAGUGUCGAGGUGGAAAACUUGGGAAAGUCUUUUAAGUGAAGAAAUUGAAAACUACUGUUCUUUAAUUUAUCUUUUGGUGAAAGGAAAAAAAAAAGUUAAACACAACAUAUAAGUGAAACCAAAAAGAGAGAAAUGUAUAUGGUUUGUUUUGUUUCUUUUUUGGGGGCUUUUUGGUUUGGCUAAAAGCACUUAAAAUGCUGAAAGAUCUAUUAAAUCCAACAUAGUCAAUGCCAGUUCUGGUGACAGUGUAACACCCCUUUUUCAUAGAACAUUAUUUUGAAUGCACAGCAUUCUGGCUGACACUGCUACAAAUUUAUUUAUUUAUUAUAUUUUACAAAAGUAGGAAACAUUUAUUUUUUACUAUAAAACGUGGAAUAUUAAGGGAUACUUUUUUUUUUUUAAUUGAAACUGCAUCUUGUUUUAGUGCUGCCCCUUUAUAACAACAGUGUGAAAUUGUAGUUAAGAGUAUUUUGUUUUCCAAUUGCUAGUGUGGCAUUAUAGGUUUAUUAGGUAUCAUUAUUACCUAUUUUAAUGAGGGAGCAUUGUAUAUUAUCAAGUUUCUUCAUUCACACUUUAUAAGGCAAAUUCAUAUGGUUAAUUAAAAUACCAGAAGGAUAAUGGGUUAGUUUAGUUAUUUUUGUGACUGUAAGUACCUAAUGAAUUCCAAUAGAAUGUCACAGUAGUAUCACUUAUUCUGUUGGAAUUCAUGUUGAUUUGCAGAUGCUAACUUAAAAGCAUUACUAUAACUUAAUUGUCCUCCAAUGGCAUUUCAGUAAUGUAGGACUAUUUCAGUCUCACAACUACACAUUUAACACAGUCUUUUAAACAGAUAUAUCUAACAAUAUCUAAUUCUUCUGGUGUUGAGUGAAAGGUAUGAUGUCAUAGGUACAGUAACUAUUAGAUUUAGUCAACCUUACCCUGCUGGGACAAGCCACAGAUCGAUUAUUUUAGAGCAUUUUAAUCUACCCGGCAUUAACCCAGGUUAUCCUAAAAAUAAGUGGUUGAUGGAAUCCAGGGUGAUUUUCGAAUGCUAUCAAAUAUUUUAUAGGUGGAUCAAAUCAUCCCUUGAGUCACAUGCAAACAUUUCAGAUUGUAACACCGAUGAAGGCAUUAACCGAAACAUUUGUAAAAAUUGAAGGACCAUUUUAGUCAGCCCUGUUUAAGGGGGAGAUAUUUGUUAUCCCCCAUUUUCUCUGUCAGCAUUUUGUUUUUCAAACAACAACUCAUUAACAAGUUCAUAGAAAGAAAUCAUUUUAUAUGCGAGUUGAAGGUUUGGUGCUCUAGCCAGCUGUCAAUUUUGGGGGUGGUAGCCCAUGGGAAAAGGCCAGGACAAGUUUAAAUUAUUAUUUGUUUAUUUAGCAGACGCCUUUAUCCAAGGCGACUUACAGAGACUAGGGUGUGUGAACUAUGCAUCAGCUGCACAGUCACUUACAAUUACAUCUCACCCGAAAGACGGAGCACAAGGAGGUUAAGUGACUUGCUCAGGGUCACACAAUGAGUCAGUGGCUGAGGUGAAAGAUCAAUUAAAUCCAACAUAGUCAAUGCCAGUUCUGGUGACAGUGUAAGGGGGGAAACAAUGUUUUCAUAGUGCUGACCACAAUUCUACAACAGCUAUCUCCACUGUAAACAGCACAUUUUGAGGUUACUAAUUGUAACAUUUGCCUCGAAUAAAAUUAAUGCAUUUUUUUGUUUUGUUUUGUUUUUCUGUAAAGGCUUUCUGUCCAAAAUAGGAUUUUAUUUAUCUAUUUAUUAUAUUCUUAUUUUUUGCAUGUUAGCCUGUUUUAACAAUGAGCCUUAAUAAGUGCUCAGAAAAGGGGAGAAAAAUAUUGUUUGAUUAAAAAUAAUUUUAUAUGCAAUUUUAUGAAUGUAAAACUUCCAAUAGAAUAGAGAAAAACAUGAUUGUGCCACAUACUGUAUACUGGAAACUCCUUUAAAAAAGCCUUAUUGCUCAAUAGUGCCUAAUGCUGGUUAUAAUGUUACAGAUGGAAGAACAGGUUGGUUGGAUGGAUGUCAUUGCUGCCCACACCAAGCUAGUGUGACUUAAUAAUUUAUUUGCCAACUUCUGAGUCCUGCUAAUAAUAUGUUUAAUAAUGUUUAGUACAUUGUUUUUUUCUUUUUAUAACUCCAUUACGGAGCCCACGUACUGUAACUCUUGUCAAGGUAAGCAAAUGGUUAACAGGAUCAUGCAGCUGCACUAGAAACACUAUUAUUUUAAAGGAGUAAUUAUCUCGCCUCCUUAAUUUGAGUUUAAAAUGUUUAGUAUCAUAAAAUAUAGAGACCUCUACCACCAAAUCAGAGCCGUAAGGCUAAUAUUAUUCUGUAGCUCUUCCAACACGAGGGUUCUUAGACUGGACAACGUUCCACCAGCCUUACUCAUAUGGUUUGGUUGUUCUUGUUGUUGAUGGCUUAACCAGUGCUAUUGGAUGCUGCCCUGAGUCUAUGUGCAUCGAUAGAAAAGGGAGGCAACUUAUUUGUCGCCUUUGUGAUUAAGCCUGGCUGUUUGUACAAUUCAGGAUGUUUAGAGUGGAAUGCUAUAUUACUUUGUUAAAAAUACAUAAAGGAAACAGAAUGUCCAUUUCUCUUUCUCUUCCUCUUUCUGGAAUUAGUUACUCUUCCUAAGUUUUACAUAUCUUGAAUGCGCACAAGCAAUGGUGGGGUAGUUAAUUAAUUCUGGAUUUACAUGUAGCAUGCCCCCCCCUGCGAAAUAAUAUCCCUUAGCGAGGCUUCAUGUAGAAAAGCAGAAUGACUGGAAAUGACUGAGGCAGGCAGAGGUGUGCGUUUUUAUGUGUGUUUAGUACAAGAUGCACAAAAGAAAUCUUGAAACAGCCAUAGGCACUGUAUGUAUGACAUGUGGUAUCUAAUUUAAAACUGAGCAAUAUAAAUGGUGGUUAUAAAGUUACUUUGGCUCUUUACGCAGAUUGUGUCAUUUAAAAACUGGCUCAGGGUUCGAGUCCUGCUUGUGUUAAGCUGCUAGAUCCUGGAUUGGGACCCACAGGGAGAGCCUCAUUACCCUUUGGGUGCCUGCAGGCUUCGGGUAGUAAAUUGAAUGAAGCUAGUUUGCCUCAUCAUGCUCCAUCAACCCCUAUAUGGUACACUGAGAACCUGCCACCAGGUUUCAGUAGCUUCGUAACAUCCGCUGCCUCCUGUAGGUUCAGAGGAUGGAAAGAUUAUUAGCCUGACAGCACACAGAGGGAGGCCUCCUGCUGAUCUUCAGUCAGCUUGUUCUCAAGUGGAUUGCAGUUGGAUUGCAAAAAGGAUGUCAAUUUUAUUUUAUUUAUUUUUUUACAAAUUGACAAAUCAAAUUGAGGGAUGUCAUUUCUUGAGGGCGUGUUUCUCAGUAAAAACGCUUUCUGCUGUUUAAAAUUGUUGGGUAAUGACGGAACCCCACCUAGACAAGGUGAUGGUUAAUGCAGAAUGUUUUCUGUAGCCGUAGUUACCGCUUCCUCUUUUUCCCUAGAAUGUAGUUGUCCUCUAUUUAGUGCCUCUGACACGUUCCAUUGCUCUGUGGACAGUAUUGUAUUCACAUAGGCAGUGCAAAGUGACCCACUGGUUUAUAAUCAGGCGUAUUCUGCAUGUGUUCAUGUUGUUGGAUCUUGUUGUAGUGGGGCACAUUGAAAUGUCCCUUUCAUUACAAUCAUAAAAAUGUGUAUCCAUACACUAAACCACACACAAUCAGACAUUGACAAAUGUACACAUACAUGCAUACAUACAUGUAUCAAAGGAAAUGGUUUAAAAAAACAUACUUUUUGAUUUUCAGUGUUCUAGUAUAUAGCAGUGUUUUUCUGUUAUGAAAGUGUUACCUUUUUACUUAGAACAUUUACUGUUGUUGAUUAUCUACAGUAUGUCUUCCAAAAUAAGUUAAAUUACAGAUACCUGCAAUUUUAUUUUCAUAAUGUAGAACUGAAUUUUGAAAAAAUGUGUCUAAUUGUGAUAAAAAAAAAAAAAGAAAAAAGUUUUCUUUUCACAUCUUACAGAUUUGUGGACUAUUUUUCAUUGAAAGAUAAGGGGCCAUAGACUUCAUAUUAAUUGUACGUUAUUACACAGUCUAUAUGUAGUCUAUCGCACAAGGGUUACCUGAUGUUCCGUUUUGACAUUCUGAAAUCUGUAUUUCCUGUACAUGACAUUUGUAGAGCAUUUUGUAUUAAAGAUUUGUUUUUUUUCAAA